UUCAAAUGAGUCGUAUACAGGGGUGAAGAAUAGUUUACACAAUCAUUAUGAUUUCUGGAAAAAGAUAGGUGCUUUCGAUGAUAUUUUGAGAAUUAUUAAAAAUGGGUAUAACAUUCCUUUUGCAGCUAACCCACCUAGAAUUCACUUGAAGAAUAACAAAUCUGCUUCACAGAACUUUUCGUUUGUUUCAGAAAGCAUUGAAGACUUAAUUAAAUCAGGUUGUUGUUAUACAGGUACCAUUCAGACCAUUUGUAGUAAGCCCCUUGAGUGUUGCAGAAAACAGAGAAAAGAAGCGUUUGAUUUUAGAUCUUAGUGGUUAAAUUCAUAUUUGAAAAGAGACAAAGUAAAAUUUGAAGAUUAUAAAGUGGCUUUACAAUAUUUUGAGAGAUUGCUUCUGCAUUAAGUUUGACUUGAAAUCGGGUUACCACCAUAUAGAUAUUUGUAAGGAAUGUCAAACAUUCCUUGGUUUUCAGUGGAAAGAUAAUUACUACUGUUUUACAGUUCUUCCGUUUGGUUUAUCUACAACCCCUUAUAUAUUCAGCAAAUGUUUAAGGGCUAUGGUCAAGAAUUGGCGUUCUAACAAUAUAAAGAUUGUUCUUUAUUUAGAUGAUGGCAUAGCCAUGUCAGAGUCAUUUGAAGAGCGUCAGAGAAUUUCCAGUUUCAUCAAGUCAUCCUUAGAUAAGGCAGGAUUUUUAAUAAAUCAUGAAAAAUCUAUUUUCAGUCCAGUGCAAGAUUUAGAGUGGUUGGGUAUCAGAUGGAACUCAGAAGCAUUUAAUAUUUCUAUUCCAGAAAGAAGAAUUCAAGACAUUGAGGCAAAAAUUGUUCAGUUUCUUUCAGAUUUACUUAAAGUGUCAGCUAGGGGACAGGCCAGAGUGGUCGGUAAAAUAAUGUCAUUGCAUUCAGUUAUGGGUAAUGUUUGCAGAUUGAUGACAAGACAUUGCUAUAUGGAAAUUGUUUUUAAAACUUCAUGGGACAGGUUACUACAAUUCAAGUUUUCUGUUAACACGAUGAAAGAAUUAAAAUUUUGGUUACAGAAUAUCAGAAAUUACAAUGAAAGAAAAAUGAAGAUUACAGAGAGACAGAGUACACUAGUGUAUUCAGAUGCUAGCGCUGGAGCAUAUACAGUGGGAUUAGACCAACAGUGUUUCCACCAGAUGUGGAAUGAACAUGAAAUGAACAGAAGUUCAACAUGGAGAGAAAUGAGGGCAAUAGAAUUAGCCUUAGUAUCAUUUGAUAAAAUGUUGUUUAAAAGAUGUGUCAAAUGGUUCACAGAUAACCAGAGCUGUGUGCAUAUUUUGCAGUCUGGUAGUAUGAAAAGAGAUUUCCAAGAAAUAGCUUUCAAUAUAUUUUCAUUCUGCAGGAAGCAUAGCAUUUCUAUCGAUAUUCAGUGGAUCCCUAGAGACAAAAAUAAAAAAGCUGAUUAUUUAAGUAAACUUGUAGAUUAUGAAGACUGGGGUGUGUCUCAUGAAUUUUUCGAGUUUAUUGACUCUUUAUAUGGUCCACAUACUAUUGAUAGAUUUGCUAGUGCAAAAAACAAAAAAUUGCAUAGAUUUAAUUCGCUUUUUUGGAACCCAGGCACAGAAGCUGUCGAUUCGUUUACGCAAAAGUGGGAGUUAGAAAAUAAUUGGUUAGUUCCGCCUAUUUUCUUAGUUGUAAAAACUGUAAAGUAUCUCAUAAGUAGCAAAGCUGUAGGAACAUUAGUGGUGCCAAAGUGGAAAUCGGCUUCUUUUUGGCCUUACAUAUAUAAAGACAAAUGUGCCACUCAUGAAUAUGUCAUAGAUAUUUUAGAGUUCAAAGAUGUGUCUGGAAUCUAUGUACAGGGUCAGAACAAAAACACGGUUUUUGGUUCGGACAGGUUUUUAUCACCAGUAUUAGUAAUAAGACUUGAUGCCAGUGGGUUGUGAUGUAUAAUAAUCAUCGAAUGUUGUUACGCAUGGUGAUCAUUAGGCGUGCUUGUUCUUGUGUUGUUUGUGAUAUGUACAUUGCAGUGGAUAGUGUUCCUGGUGUGCAUAUAGAAAUUAAUGGACCUGGUACAGUGGUACUGCAGAUGGAUUAUGAGUAAUAUAGAUAAAAAAUUUCAUAUUAUUGUUUAAGGUCCUGGUACGCUAUUGUACUGCAGACGCUGGAUUAUAGUUUUCUUGGUUUUAGAUACUCAUGUACAUGUACAUGAAAUAGAAAUUUUACUCAAACGAAAGUUUUACGAGUUGUGUAUUGCAGAGAUUUGGCCCUGAUACACACUGAAUUGAACUGAUUUGAUUGAUAUUUUAUUCACUUUGUACGUUUUGCAGAAAUAUUUUCGGUUGGUAGGUGGACAUCUCUGUUUAACAUCGCCCAGGAUCCAUCUCUUUUGGAACUCGCCGAGUCCUUACCCAACUACUGCCUGAAGUCGAAAGCAGAAAAUACAACAAAGAAAUAUAGAUAUGAGUUUCGACAAGAGAAAUUAAAAUUGUACAUUUUGAUUCAUUAAACUGCACUUGCGAGAGCGCUUCUGUAACUA